CGGCUGCUCUGUGGACACUGCAGUCUGGCAUACAGACUGAGGCAGAGCUGCAGGGAGGACGAGUCUCUGAGAUCUUGACCGCACCGGAGCUUUGGUGAAAAGUUUGGGCAGCUGCUGAGCCCCUGAAGGCAUCAUGGUUGUGUCGGCGCGGAGCUGGGUGGCCAACGAAGGAGGGAAGUACUUCGUCCUGAUUCUGUGGCUGGGAGUUAACACCUGGCUGUUCAUCAGCACCUUCCUGCUCUACUUCACUGGACAGCAAUACCACUACCUCUACAAGAUGCUCGGGCUAGGAUUGUGCAUCAGCAGGGCAUCUGCAACUGUGCUAAACCUGAACUGCAGCUUGGUGCUUUUGCCCAUGUGCCGCUCUCUGGUGACCUUUGUACGAGGAACACGGAUGAUAUCAAGCAGAAAGACACGCAGACUGCUGGACAAGUCCAAGACCUUUCAUGUGGCGUGUGGCGUUGCCAUCUGCAUCUUUUCUGUUAUGCACGUUUCUGCCCACCUGGUUAAUGUUGUCAGAUUCAGUGUGAGAUACUCAGAUGACUUUCCGGCUCUCAAUUUGGCUCGCUACAGAGGAGAGGACCCCAUGCUGAUUAUUCUGACCACAAUCCCAGGAGUCACUGGUGUGCUGCUGGUCCUCAUCCUCUUCCUGAUGUUCAUAUCCUCCUCCUACUGUGUACGCAUGUCCAACUAUGAGAUCUUCUGGUACACACACAACCUCUUCAUUGUUUUCUACGUCAUCCUGAUGAUACACAUGGUUGGUGGAGCUCUAAAGUAUCAGACCAACAUAGAGGCACACCCCCCUGGUUGCUUCAGAGCCAACCAGAGCAGCACCGAGCAGCAGGGAGAUGAACUGGACACGAGUGAAGAAGAGGAGAGGCGAUGCAACGAGGACGCUCGCUUCCAGCCACAUUAUCCCCAGACGUGGCUGUGGGUGUCUGGUCCUCUCUGUCUCUACUGUGUGGAGCGUUUCUACCGCUACAUCCAGAGCCGUGACCCUGUUACCAUAGUGACAGUCAUCAGGCACCCUUGUGAUGUCGUGGAGUUGCGCAUGCUGAAAAAGAACUUCAAAGCUCGACCUGGACAGCAUAUUCUUCUUAACUGCCCAGGUGUCUCCUCAUUUGAGAACCAUCCCUUCACGCUCACAAUGUGUCCCACAGAGAACAAGGAAACUUUGGGCAUCCAUCUGCGAGUUGUGGGAGACUGGACUGAACGAUUCACACAGCUGCUGCUUCCUGAGCCAAGGAUAGACAUGGAGAUCCUUCCCAUGGCCCAAAAGAGGAGAUACCCCAAAGUUUAUGUUGAUGGGCCAUUUGGAGGUCCGUCAGAAGAGGUAUUCAACUAUGAUGUCAGUCUUUGUGUUGCCGGCGGAAUAGGAGUCACCCCGUUCGCCUGUGUGCUGCGGGCGCUGCUUGAUGGCUGGAUGGGUUUCAGGUUGCAGAGGUUGUAUUUUGUGUGGGUCUGCAAGGAACUCCAGUCGUUUUACUGGUUCGCAGAGCUGCUGUGUGCUCUGCAUCACAAGCUCUGGAACGAAAACAGACCGGACUACUUUAAUCUGAAACUGUAUAUCAGUCAACCAGACAGCUUGCAGAGCAUGUCUGAGGAGAAGUACCGCCCACUCACAUCAAGGAUGCAGAUUGGUCGGCCCAGGUGGAAGUUACUCUUUGAUGAAAUUGGAAAAUCCAACAAACAUAAACGUGUUGGUGUUUUCUGCUGCGGACCGAAGGGCAUCUCCAGGACUCUCCACCGACUGUGUAACUCACCUCAAUACAAUGGAACAACAUUCGAAUUCAACAAAGAGUCGUUCAGCUGAUUAAACUUUAGAGCUGGUGCUACACUGUCAGGGCAUAUCAGUAGAAGUCAUCUACUUUGGGGUAGAUGGCUUCUCAUUCAAUCAUGGGAAAAGUUUUUAGUUAAAUUAAAGUUCUUAGUACCUUUGGACAAUCAUGGUUGCUUAAAAAAAUCUUGGAUGGAUUUUCAUUUGAUAUAAAUACUGACUGUAAAGUUAAAUAAUGAUAGACUAUUUAUAUUCAAUCUCUGUACAUGUUUUCUAAAGGUCUGGCACAUCGAAACAGCCUGUUGGGUGCUUUAAAUAAGCUUCGACUUUGGUUUGUGACCCAAUCAACAUGUGAGAAAAGCUUGGA